UUUCUUCGUUUUCAAAAUGGCGCCGUCUCAAUCAGGAAGUGGAGAAAACAACUAAGAAGAAUAAGUUGGAUAAAAUUCCUCAUUUCGGUGACUUUGACGCGGAUCAUCGCUCUGAAACAGCCCGAGCCCCCGGGGUUUGAUCUGAGAACGAGUUUCUGCUUUAACGGUCAUGGAGAGCUUCUGCCCGUGUUAGACGCACUAUCUCGCACACAGCCAGCACGCGGGGUACGGUUGGACGGUGUGUGUAUCCUUAGUCAGCUGGUGGUCAUGUGUGAAGCUGUGGUCUGAUGCCCACCCUCCCCUCAGCGCUGGCCAUGGACGGGGAGAACUACCUGCAUCCAGAAGGCCCUCAGCUCGACAGCAGCUUGUUCUCUGUGGCUCCCUCUAACACAGAGAGUUCGAUCUACACCUCGUCUGAUUCCUGGGGAUCCUACUCUCAGCAGGCUGGAUACAGCAUCCACUGCCCUAUGCAAUCUGGAAACCAGCAAUACCACUUGAGCAGCAGCACUACCACCACCACUCCGGACGUGCACAUGGACAUGUACUCGGGAUUCUCUGAUGUGGACUUUUCCAGCCUCAACCUCCCCAGGAACGGAGAUUUCCCACAGGACCUGUCCUGCAUUGAUGACCUCUCCACAAACUCUCUGUUCUCGUCUCCGGCUGACUCCCUGUCAGAGUAUGCUGAUGCCCAGUCCUUCAUCAGCACAGACAACCUGGACUCAGUGCCACUGCCCACCCUCUGGGACGUCAACACUAGUACCACCACCACCACACCAGCACAGAGCCAGCUAGAGCUGAAUGGCACCGGCAGGUUUCAUGGCUUGGCCAGUUUGGAUGAUAUAACUGCUAUUAUCAGCACCCCACCUUUAGGAGGAUUCCAGGUUCAGAGUACCCAGCCACCGCCGGCAGAAGAGGAAGAGGAUGCUGAGGAAGAGGAGACAGAAGAACUGGGACAUGUGGACACAUAUGCCGAGUACAGACCUUCCAAAUCCACCAUAGGAAUCUCUCAUCCUGACAUAGUGGUGGAGACAAACACGCUCUCCAGUGUCCCUCCUCCAGACAUCACCUACACCUUGUCUAUCCCCGAGUCGACCAUUAACUGUGGCCACCUGUCUGCUCUGCAGCUGGAGGCCAUCAUCUACGCCUGCCAGCAACACGAGGUCAUCCUUCAGAACAACCAGAGGGCGGGCUUCCUGAUCGGAGAUGGGGCGGGGGUCGGAAAGGGGCGCACUGUGGCGGGUAUCAUCCUGGAGAACUACCUGAAGGGGAGGAAGAAAUCACUGUGGUUCAGCAUAUCCAAUGACCUGAAAUUUGAUGCAGAGAGAGAUCUCAAAGACAUAGAUGCACUGAAUAUUCCUGUGCAUGCCUUAAACAAGAUUAAGUAUGGAGACACAGCUACCUCAGAAGGAGUCCUGUUUGCAACUUACUCCGCGCUGAUUGGAGAGAGCCAGGCAGGAGGGCAGCACCGGACCAGAAUCAAACAGAUACUCGAUUGGUGCAAGCCCGACUUUGACGGCGUCAUUAUUUUCGAUGAAUGCCACAAAGCCAAGAAUGCUACUUCUACAAAAAUGGGCAAGGCGGUGCUUGACCUGCAAAACAAGCUGCCACGGGCCAGAGUGGUUUACGCCAGUGCCACAGGUGCCUCUGAGCCAAAGAACAUGAUCUAUAUGAGCCGCCUGGGAAUCUGGGGUGAGGGCACGCCCUUCAGAGCCUUCGAGGACUUCCUGCACGCCAUCGAGAAAAGAGGUGUGGGUGCCAUGGAGAUCGUUGCCAUGGACAUGAAAGUAAGCGGGAUGUACAUUGCCAGGCAGCUGAGCUUCUCAGGGGUUUCUUUCCACAUCGAGGAGAUCGGACUGGACAGUGACUUUAAACUGGUCUACAACAAAGCUGCCAAACUGUGGGCGGAGGCGUUGCAGGUGUUCAUGCGCGCGGCUGAUGAGCUGGGCCUGGUCAGCAGGAAGUCUCUGUGGGGGCAGUUCUGGUCAUCUCACCAGCGCUUCUUCAAAUACCUCUGCAUCGCCGCCAAGGUCCGCUGCCUGGUGGAGCUGGCCAAAAAAGAACUGGAAGCUGGAAAGUGCAUCGUCAUCGGACUGCAGUCUACAGGAGAAUCUCGUACCAGAGAAGUCCUGGACGAGAACGACGGGCACCUGGACAGAUUUGUUUCUGCUGCAGAGGGAGUUUUUCAGUCGCUUGUUACGAAACAUUUCCCGUCAGAGAAACAGAGGAGAGAGAAGGCGCCGAGUAACAAGAGAAAACGUGAGUUCAAAGGGAAGCCAAGAGGUCGCCAGACGAAGGUACCAAAGCACACCGUGGACAGCGGCGGCGUGAUCAACAUCAGCGAUGACAGCAGUAGUGACUCCGAUGGCAUGGACACAGACUCCAACUCCUCCCCAGACUCCCUGCUGGACAACGAUGAUGUCAUCUUUGUGAACCACACUAGCUGCCAGACGGCCAGGAUAGAAGAGAUGAAGCAGGGCCUCCUCAACAAAAUCGCCGUGCUGGGAAAAGAACUACCUCUUAACACCCUGGACGAGCUCAUCGAUAAGUUCGGAGGACCAGACAAAGUCUCCGAGAUGACUGGUCGUAAGGGGCGUGUGGUGCGGCGCCCUGACGGCAGUGUCCGAUACGAGUCCCGCGCCGAGCAGGGUCUCACCAUCGACCACAUCAACAUCAAGGAGAAAGAUCGCUUCAUGGGCGCAGAAAAGUUCGUGGCCAUCAUCUCGGAGGCAGCCAGCUCGGGGAUCUCCCUGCAGGCGGACAAACGGGUGAAGAACCAGAGACGACGGGUCCACAUGACCUUGGAGCUGCCGUGGAGCGCAGACCGAGCCAUUCAGCAGUUUGGUCGCACCCAUCGGUCCAAUCAGGUGACGGCCCCGGAGUACAUCUUCCUCAUCUCGGAGUUGGCGGGGGAGAGACGUUUUGCCUCCAUCGUGGCUAAAAGACUGGAGAGCCUGGGCGCUCUAACGCACGGGGACCGGAGAGCCACAGAAUCCAGAGACCUGAGCAAGUACAACUUUGAGAACAAGUAUGGUACCAAGGCUCUGGAUAAGAUCACCAAAGCAAUCCUGGGCCACAUAGAGAACAAGGUGCCCCCUCCCAAAGGCUACCCCGGGGGUGAAGCGCUGUUCUUCUCAGAUAUGAAGCACGGCAUGAUGAACGUGGGCAUCUUCUGUCGGGAGUCUCGCUUUGGAAUCAGUACUGAGAAAGACUGCAGCAUCACCAAGUUCUUAAACCGCAUCCUGGGCCUGGAGGUCCACAAGCAGAACUUUCUCUUCCAGUACUUCACCGACAACUUCGACUACCUGAUCGAGAAGGACAAGAAGGAGGGCAAAUACGACAUGGGGAUCCUCGACCUGGCCCCGGGUAACGAUAAGAUCUACGAGGAGAAACAGGAAAACUUCUUGACAGUUGGAAACCCUCAGGAUGGACAGGUGGUUCUGUACAAGAUCAGUGUGGACCGAGGGAUGCCCUGGGAGGAGGCUUACAACAGGUCACUGCAGCUCAGCGGUCCUGAUGAGGGCUUCUACCUGUCCCUGAAGCUGCGAGGUAAUCACCCCUGUGUGCUGCUCGCUGAACAAGGACGAGGCAAGAACCUCAUCGUCUACAAGCCCAACAUCGGCAAGCAGACGCACCCCGAGAGCCUGGACAACCUGCAGCUACGUUACCGCAAGGUGACUCCAGAGGAAGCUAAGGACAGCUGGGAGAACCAGUUCACCUUCUCCUUCAAGAAGUGUAGCCAUGCCAACUGGAAUGGGAAAUGCAAGAAAAUCGAGGAAGGCCAGGAGUGUCUGCAGGGCAUGCGCAUCCGUCAGUACCACAUGUUGUGUGGCGCUCUGCUGCGCGUGUGGAAGCGUGUCUCUGACGUGGUGUCUGACAUCACCAGCUCCAGCAUCCUGCAGAUUGUCCGACUAAAAACCAAGCAGCAUAACAAGCAAGUCGGUAUCAAGAUCCCGGAGAACUGUGUUGCCCGCGUGCGCGAGGAGCUGCUGCAGAUGGACGAGGAGGUGAAGAAGAGACGGAAGGAGAGAGAGCAGCAGGCCGUGGAGCAGCGGCUGGCCGAGGAGCGCAUGCGCAAAAUGGAGCAGGAGAACAAACACCUCCUCGCAAAUCUGUUCAACCAGAAGCCCAUGCUCAACCAGUCCCUGGCCCAGUCUCUGGCCCAGAAUCAGAUCAAACAGAAACUGAACCAAAACGCUCUCCAGAGGUCGCAACCCGGGAACAUCGCUCAGCAGCUGCAGAGACUACAAGCCCAAAAACAGUCCUUACAGCAGCCCUCCCAGAACUCAGCCCUGCAGAACUUACAGAGAAAUCCCAGCCAAUCCCAGCAAAGAACCCACAACAGCUGGUCCAAAACGUCCACCAGCUCCAGGACCCACCAGGGGCCCCUUCCCAACAUGGUCAGUCUCGGCUCCCAGUUUUACUCGCAGCCCUUUCUUCCCUCAUUCUCCCAGCUGAAGAAACCAUCUCUUCCACUCCAUCAGACCACUCUGCCUCCCAACGUGUCCUCCAAGAAUCCCCUGGACGAGAUCCUGGACCUGACUGUGUGUUCAACGCCUUCCCCCUCCCCGGACACCACGGAGGGGGGGCUGAAUCUGGACGGUCUGACGGGACACUCUGCUGGAUUUGGAGAUGACUUUAAUCUGGAGUCUCUGAUCUCUCACACUGCAUCGAGCGCCCAGCACACUGCACAAAUACAGACGCCUCUUUUGCUGCAGCAGCAGCAGCACCUGCAGGCGACGCAGCAGAACCACAACCUGCUGGCUAACAACCACCACCAAGACUUGUUAGAUUUUCUAGACCUGCCCAUCUCUCCCCAGAUGCCCACACAGAAAGCCAGCCCUUCCUCCUCUACCUCCUCGUGCUCCUCCUCCACCUCUUCUGUGUCCAACAACAUGGCGCCCCACGCCUCGGCCGGCCUCAUGCCCGCGUCCGGUCUCCUCCCCACAUCGCCCUCCUCCUCGUCCCUCUUCUCCAGCCCGUCCUCGUCCUCCUCUCUGUUUUCCAACUCCUCCUCUCGCUUCUCCUCCCUUUAUCUCCACCCGCAGUCGGAUUCUAUACCCAAUGGCCACUGCAGCUCUGCGGCUCUGGACGUCCGCGAGGCUCUGAACAGCAUGCUGCAGAACGGGCCGGACCGCAAGUCUGUCAUCAAGUACCGGCCGCAAGACUGAGAGCUGAGAACAGCGUGUGCUCGUUUAGUCCUUUAAAGCAGAUAGUCUCCUAGCUGCUGCUGCCCCCCCCCCCCCCCUCAGGGCCUAUAGUCACGUCACUGCCUGUCUGCUCACCCUUCUCUCUGUCCACCUGUAGUGUUUACCUGCUCGAGGCCGCUCAGGUGACGGCGGGCUCCAUAUCCGAUCUCUGCACCAAAGUGUGUCCUCCGCAGUGAAAGGCAGCUGUUUGAAAUCAAAGACCAUGUGAGAACUGUAUUUUAUGGAGCUGUCGCAAAACAAAACGGCUCAUCACACCGAGGUGUGGGAAAUCUUUUAAUAAAAACCCUCCGCUGCUGAUUUUACGAGGUAUGAUUGGUGAAGCUGCUGGAAGCUCUAAAUGCCUUUCACCAGUUUGAAACCACAUCUGUAGACUUUUGCUUUACUGUUACUUUUUGCUUCAGGACGUUGCGUGUUUGACUUAAAAACGAGGCCGUAUGCAAGGCGUUGGUCAGAGAGUCGAGAAGAGAGAAGCCCAUUGGAUCUGUCGCUGGUUAGCCGUGAAAUGCCUCCGUUUUUCCUUGCGUUCUUCUUCAUGCUCCCUCGUGUUUCUCUCCCUGCUUGUAUGAACACUAGAGUGAGGAUGAAGGGAGAAAGUCUGCUGUUGCAAACAGUGCCUUUUGGAGAAAUCUAUAAAUGCAGUCUUUAAGAAUCCAUGUAGCCUAAUGUAUAGAUUUGUACUCUUUAGCAUUGGUUUUAAUUUAAAUAUGGUAUAUUUGUAUUUAACUCUUCGUCCCCCCUCCGUCGGGUCGCUCGCUCGCUCGGUCGGCGGUCGUGGUCACACGAUGCUCUUGAUGUGCUUCAGGAAGAAGCCUCCAUCAGCCUGUGUCCUCGUCUGACUGUCUGAGCUUGUGUGUGUGUGUGUGUGUGUGUGUGUGUGUGUGUGUGUGUGUGUGUGUGUGUGUGUGUGUGUGUGUGUGUGUGUGUGUGUGUGUGUGUGUGUGUGUGUGUGUGUGUGUGUGUGUGUGUGUGUGUGUGUGUGUGUGUGUGUGUGUGUGUGUGUGUGUGUGUGUGUGUGUGUGUGUGUGUGUGUGUGUGUGUGUGUCCCCUUUUCCCGUCAAUUCAGAGUAUGGCUCGGAUUAAAAAUGGUGUCCAAAUAUUUUAUCUCUCAUUUUUUAUAAAGCUGACGAUAACUUUUAUUGAUGUGACUCCUGGUCUGAUUAGAUUUUUGAAUUUCUCAGGAAAGUCUCCAAAUGCGUUGUUGUGUUCUUUCUUUUGUCUUUGUGUGAUUUUUGACCAGCGAAAACAUUUCUUUGAGGUCUUCAAUCACAAAGACAGUCGACGUUUGAAUCGCCCUGACAUCUGGAGAGAAGACGCUGUUUCUCCUCUCAGACGUCGAGGCGUUCAGAGCUUCAGAAACUACGUGGAGACUCGUAAUCGAUUCACUGUGUGAGGUAGUUCACCUGUGAGCGACGGGCGGUGUGUGUGUGUGUGUGUGUGUGUGUGUGUGUGUGUGUGUGUGUGUGUGUGUGUGUGUGUGUGUGUGUGUGUGUGUGUGUGUGUGUGUGUGUGUGUGUGUGUGUGUGUGUGUGUGUGUGUGUGUGUGUGUGUGUGUGUGUGUGUGUGUGUGUGUGUGUGUGUGUGUGGACGCGCUGGUGUUGGUUGACCACAAACUGCCGGGACACGUUCAAGUGAUGACAAAGCAAUAAAAAGCCGAUUGUACAUGAGUUGUGAUCCUUAAAGAUGCAUCAGUACUGUUUACGUUCCGCCUGUGCACGGUGCGAACCCGCUCUCUGUCGCGCUUCAUCGUCCUUCAGUCAACGUGCAUCUGUACAGGAAGCGUCGCGCCAUGAACGCCGCCGCGCAGUCGUGAUGUUUUGAAAAUACUUGUUAUUUAUAUUUAAGGGAUAUUUAGAUUGAACAUAUGUUAUCGUGCUCGUUAGAAUAGUUAAGAUGUUUUUGGUCAGGGAAGUUUCUAGUUUUCAAAAGAACAUUAUUAUAAAAAACAAAUUCUAUUCUACAACCUGCCACCAAAUCACAUUGCACUGUUCCGUACCGCUGUGCAGCGCCCGGCGUGUUCUCUGCGCCGCGUUUUUGUCCACUCGUCUCUCUGACUUGUGAACCUUCAGUUUGCAGAGAGAUAACCAAAGUGAUCCACGGACACCCCCCGAAGGUCGCGCGGGCUCGAAGAUAUCCGAACUUUACUCAAUCUCAGGAAGACAUGGAGGAGGUGUGGGGGGGCGGGGGGCGUGCACGCAGAACGCCAUCACUUCCCCUUGUACCCGUGGUGAAAGGAAACCCAUACAUGUGCUCUUUCUUUCUCUGCUCUGUGCUGUGACUCUUGCUGUAUUUCUGUUUUUAGACUAACUGUGAUGGCGUCGUCGUUUAUCCGUGUGUGAACGUCCGUGAUUCAACAUGUUUUUAUGCCUUCUUAGGGCAAAGAUCAAAGCGGCGUCCUCGUUUCUGUGGACGCCUUUUUAUUCUUUCUGUUGUCGUGACGACAGACGUCUCGAUUUGAUUUGCACCUAAAGGUUCAUUCUGACGGGCGCAGUGGGUCUGUCCUCGCCCCUCAUUGGAUAACGCUCUCUCUGACAGCAAACACAGAUUAUUCUUCUUGCUUCCCUCUUUACGCUUUAAUAUUCCACGUCAGGCACAUUCCCACUCGCCAGUCUGUGUCACCCCACAACACGAGGGGGGGCAGAGCUCGGACCCCUCGGACCUUUAGGAAGCUUCUUUGAUAUCUUUUAUCGGUGUAGUUCGACCUUUCCUCGUUUCUUCUCAGUUUGCACUAAGAACGGCAUGAUCACGUGACUGUGUCCUCGUUGGUUCUGAUUGGGCGUCAUGACUUUGGUUGUUGUUUCUUCUUCGUCGGUCGUUUUCGGUGUAUACUGUAACCAUUUCUCUCCUCUCUCCACCUUUUCAUUAUUCUCUGUUAUCAAUGUUAGUAUCACUCAAAUAAUUUAUUGUUAACACAAAAAAUGAGACAAAAAAACAUGCUACUGAUUGUAUGUAUUUUUAAACAAAGCCUAUUUUUUCUGUAAAAAAAAACAACAAAAACAAGAAACUGUGUUCAGCACUUUUAUUCUGGGUUGUGCUUUUUUGUUUUCUAUAUAUUUAUAAUUUAGAUCCAAAUGUAUAUAUUGUAAAAUUUGUGCCUUUCGACUAAUUCUUAAAAAACAAAAAAAAAAAAAGGUUUUCUACUCAUUUAAGGAAGGACUAUAUGAAACAUGCAAUCUUAACUUUGUAAACAAAUAAAAACUUCAAGGUUGCUGAAA